GGGGAUGGAGAGCUUAAAGGAGCUGAGGCAUCUGUUAGUGACGGUGUUCCUCACUGGGCUUUCCGGUUUCAUAGUCACUCCGUCAAUCACCGACGUCACCAUGGCCGCCGUCUGCCCUUCUCGACCUCACUGCUCUCUCGCCAUUUUCCUCUCCGCCUUCCAGCAAGCCGUUACGGGAGUUGGAGCAGUGGUGAUGACUCCGUUAAUAGGAAAUUUAUCGGACCAGUAUGGGAGGAAAGCCUUGCUCACACUUCCACUAACGGCGUUAAUCAUUCCUCGAGUGAUAUUGGCAUGUAGCAGGGCCACCAAGUUCUUCUACGCAUACUAUGCUGUCAGAACUGUGGCUGCCAUGGUUGGCGAAGGGAGCGUCCACUGCCUCACUCUUGCUUACGUGGCAGACAAGGUUGAAGAGGGCAAAAGGGCAUCCGCAUUCGGAAUUAUCGGUGGUGUAGGCUCAGUAGCAUUCGUCUGUGGAACCUUAGCUGCACGUUUCCUUUCCACUGCUUUAACAUUUCAGGUUUCUGCGUUCCUAUCGAUGAUUGCAGUGUUGUACAUGAGAAUUUUUCUCCAGGAAAGUGUACCUGUAAGUGCUAGUGACCUGAGACAGCCAAUGUUGGACGACAGCGAGGAGCCACAUGUGAAGGAAGAGCGCGAGAUAAAUGAUUCGGCACAAAGAACAAGCGGAAUAUUCAAGAGACUUCCCUCAGUGAGGGAUGCGAUUUGCUUGCUCAGGCGUAGCCCCACAUUUUCGCAAGCAGCUUUUGUUACGUUCUUCAGUAGCCUUGCAGAUGGGGGAUGGCACACUUCGAUUCUGUACUAUUUAAAGGCUCGUUUCCAGUUCGAUAAGACCCAAUUUGCUGAUUUGAUGCUAAUUGGCGGCAUUGGAGCAACUCUUACACAACUGCUUCUCAUCCCCAUAAUAAUGCCUGCCCUAGAAGAGGAGAAACUGCUGUCGGCAGGGCUGUUUGUUGGCUGCUUAAACAUCUUGGGUUACAGCAUAUCGUGGUCUCGAUGGGUUCCUUAUGCCAUAGCACUGUGCUCUGCUUUUGGAGUUUUUGUUCACCCAAGCAUAUGUAGCAUUGCAUCCAAACUAGCUGGGCCCAGGGAACAGCCACCGGCCACACUGAUACAGGGAAUGGCUCAGGGAUCUCUUUCAGGAAUUAGCUCCUGCGCCAACAUCAUUUCGCCAUUAAUUUUCAGUCCACUGACAGCCUUGUUCCUGUCGGAAAAAGCACCGUUUUAUUUUCCUGGUUUUAGUAUAAUGUGUGCGGCUCUGGCAAUGAUGAUUGCUUUCAUACAGAGUAUAAUGAUCAGGGUUGUCCGGUCUGAUGUUGGUGGCCAAGGUUGCAGGAAUCCCUUAGUCUGA